AUGAUGUUCCGUAGUUCUGUUUGGUCAAGCAGCUUUCUUGGUAGUGUGGUGUUCGUUCAGACGAAUGAUCGAUACCUCAGCCCUCUUCAAUCUGAUGUCACGCAGCGUCUGGCGCUGGAGGAUCGAAAAGAGGUAGAUGCACUAGGAAAAUACGCCAUGACUCUCAGAAAAGGAAGUGUCGAGUGUUGCCUCGCGCUCGUCACUCGCCGCCUCGUCGGAUCGAUGCAGCCCCGGUGCCAGCGGAUGGCGGAUGGUGGGCAACGACUGAAAUCGAGAAGGAGCUGGAAGAUCGAGCAGUUUCGAGUUUCAGGCUCUGGAAGUCCAGCCACGACGCCAAUAGUGAAACAUUAUACGCUGUUGUGGUGA